AUGCAUCAUAUACAAUCACUGUUGCCGGUAAAAGAAGCUACCCGCACCAGCUUGUUGUCCAAGUCAUGGCUACAUGCUUGGUCUACCAUCCCUACCCUCAGGUUUUUUAUUCUCAAGAAACAAAAUGGAAAGAGCAUGAAGCUGGUGGAUGUGGACCGGACUCUCAUAAGGUAUCUCCAUUUUAACAUACCAAUCCAAAAGUUUGAGCUUCUUAUGGACAUUGAGAACCUAGAGUCGGCUUCUCAUGCUGAAAAAUGGAUCAGACCUGUGGCAACCAAAACAUGUCUCAGAGAGCUUUCUCUCUCAAUCUUAAUUUAUGGUGCCCCGUUUACAUUGCCAGAUGAGAUACUCUCGGGUGAAAACCUAACUAAGAUAAGAGUUUCAUCCCCACUGAUCCAUUCGGUUUGGAUGCCAAUGCCAACGACUCCUGUGAUCAACUGUGUGUCCCUACGGGAACUGCACUUUGAUGGUGUGCGCAUAAGUGAAGAGGCCCUCCAUGACAUAUUGUCCUCUUGUCGCUUGCUUGUGAAGAUAGUGCUUUCACAUUCUUGCGAGGGGUUCAAGACCAUCAAGGUUAAAAACCUUCCUUGUCUUUACAAAUUAAGAAUAUGUGUGGGUGAUGGAUAUCGAUGCUCUACUGCUUUGGAAAUCAGUGAUGUCCCGAAUCUUGGUGUGUUUAGCUGCAAUCUACAUUUUCCAUUCAAAGCCCAUUCAAUAUCAUUAGUAAGCAGCGUGACACAGUUAACGUUAGGUGGUAGGGUGAUAACUGACAACGCGUGUCUGCACAUGAUCGAAUCGGGAUUUCCUUCCCUCGAGAGUUUGACUCUUGAUGAUAUGUCAGCUUGGAUGUUGAAAAGCUUCCAUUUCGCAUGUGCUUCCAUCAAGAGAUUGACCUUGCAGUUGUGCCCAUGCACGCUUAUCGAGGUACAAGUACAUGCUUCAAAGUUACUUUUUUUCUGCUUUGAUGGCGGUGCUUUGCCUGAUCUCUUGUUUCCGGUCUCUACUCUCAUGCAUAUCACGGUUUCACUCAGAGUCGACCUUCCUGUUGAUGCUUAUCUUUUUCUUAAGAUGAGGGAAGCACUCGCCUUGUCACUCAAGUGCGAUGUUCGUAUAACAACUUUCAACUCUGAGCGGCCAAUGGACAUCGACAUGGAUGAUCUAAGAACACAGCUCCUGUCUCCUCCUGCUACGAAUGUGCGAGAACUGUGGUUUGAAACGAGUGAGGAUGAAUGCAUGUGGGAAAGAUCCCCAUUUCUUGAUGCAUUUUUUGAGAUUUGCCAUCCCAAGCACGUAUUCGCACAGCCAGACUUGCAAUUUAGACACAAGAAUCACUUUCUCAGACUGAUUCUGAGAGAGGUCUUGGAUAAGAAGAAGACCAUCACAACUGCUGGAACCCCUUAUUGGUCUCAUUACCUCAAACACGUUCAAAUAAGAGAGGCUCCGGAUCAAAUAUGGAAAACCCUUAUAAAUUCCUGGAGAAGCUUUUUAGACGACCCCGCUCCUGGUCUCAUGCACUUCAAACUAGUGUGGCGUUGA